AUGGUUGCUGACAAGUAAUGAAAACGCGUAAGUGCAUGAGUCACUUUCAAAUCGGAAAUUUUAACUGAACAUGUAUUAAUUUCAAUAUUUCCAAAAACUGCGUUUAUUUAUUCUUUUUUGAGCUUUACUCUAUAUAUGUCCCAACCAUGGAAAUGUUUAAAAGACUUACUGCAGUAUAUGGCUUCAUUACAUUUCAGUGAAGCCAGCUGUGACCAUCAAUUGUCCCAGUCCUAUCACAGUAGAUGAAGGUGAUGACUUCUCAUGUGUAUGUAGAGGCGAAGGUGGAAACCCUUCAGCCAAUGUAACUUGGUAUAAAGAUAACGUACAGAUUGGUGCAGCAGGAAACGAAGAACAAACAUUAACUCUCAGUAAUGUUGCUGGAACAGACACUGGAACAUACAAGUGUGUGGCCCAAAGUCACACUCUAACUGAUGAAAACUUAGUCGAAGUAAAAAAGUAAGACUUGAUUGUAAGUAUUGUUGUAAAAAUGAGCGUGUUUGCAUGCAAAUAUUUGAACUGGUGCAUGCACAUAUAUGCAAAUUUAUAAACUGUAAAAAGGACGUGCAUGUUUGAACUAGUGCUGCGCAUGUUUUGAAGUGAAGGUUAUUAUAUAAUAACAACCUUGUGUCCCGCAAGUUGUUGUCCCAUUCAAAUGAGGGAGUGUAAUUUAUUUCCCAUGUGUUUCAUGCAUGCAAGUUUUAUAUUAUGUACUAUUUACAACAUGAGCGGCUGUGUUGUAUCGGCAAAUAAAACGACUCAUCUUAUGAGUUCAUUGGCGAAGUAAUUUUAACAAAUAAACGUUGUCUAAGCCGAGAAAAUCAAAGUUGAAGUUUAUGUAAAUCAACAUGAAUCUGUAUCACAUAUACAGAUGCGCGACACGCUUAUGAUUUUUCUUUGUGUUUUCUUCAUGAAUUAUUAAUGAGUUUUUUAAGGGUAAGUAAUAUGCAGUAUCGUUUCUCGUGCAAUUUGGAUCGUAUUUGAAAAACUCACUCGUGCGUGUUCUUUUCAAAUUGUACUCAAAACCAUUAUACGUAUAUAUUAAUAACAUAUAUAUUGCCGAAAUCACAUUUUAUACUAUUUUUUGCACAGAUCCACCAGAAGAGCCAUACUUUAAAGAAAAUGUGGAUGUUGGUAAAACUUUUGCCAUAACAUGUGAAUCUAAUGGUCAUCCUUCGCCACGUUAUACCAUAAUCCAUAAUAAUACCAAGAUCGUCAGUAAUGACAAGAUGUAUACCAUAGAUGUUGUGCAGUACAGUGAUGCUGGGUUAUAUAAAUGUAUUGCCGAGAAUAAACUUGGAAAUAGUUCAACGAUAUAUUAUUUAUCUAUCCUAGGUAAGAUUCAAUAUUUUCAGGUACAAAAACUGUUUUUACUAUUUUUACCCCUCGUUUUACUACUUCUAUAUAUUAGUUAUUAUAUAUUAAUUGUCUUUAAAAUUUCGACUGUAAUGAAAUUGAAAGUGUAAUAACAUGAAUUCAUUAUAUUUAGAUCAAUUAAUAAAUCCAACAACUGGUAUUAGCACUCAAACGUUCUCCACCACUGAGAAUUCUGAGAAAUCAG